AUGGGAGAAGAGGAUGGAAGAAGACUUUCUCCACGACCGCAUGAAAGGGACGAUGCGCAUUCGAAUCUGAACGAGCCGUCUCCGCUGAACGAACGAUCCUCGACAGGCUACUUGGAUGGCCUCCGUGGUCUCGCCGCGGUGAUAGUCUUUAUUCAUCACUGGACCAGCGACUUCACGGAGGGCUGGCACGAGUUUGGCUUUGGACAAGAAGGCCAUCACCACUUUGCUUCCUUGCCCUUCGUUAACAUUCUCUGGCACGGCGGAAACCCUGCCGUGGUCAUCUUCUUCGUACUCUCCGGCUACGUCCUCAGCCUUGGCCAUUUGAAAAAGCUACGACAGCAGAAAUCAACGCAAUGGUCACUGCUCAGCGCCGUGCUGCGUCGUCCAGUCCGACUAUAUGCACCAUGCGUGGCGGUGACACUUCUUUACGCUUUCCUCCUUCACGUACCCGGACUCAUCCUCCCGGUGGAGGAAUUGCCUCUACAAGACAAUCUCUUCGCCGAAAUAUGGGUCGCUCUCACACGCAGCGCUGAGUAUCUGAAUCCGUUCCAGGAGCACGAGAAUAACCUUUGGUGGUUUCCCUACAACAUGGUCAUGUGGACGAUCCCAGUCGAGCUCAAGGGCAGCAUGUUGAUCUUUGUGAUCCUGGGACUGUACUCCUUGAUCGCGCCGGGUUCGAGACGCGGGAGAGCGCUCAUACCGACAGCACUGCUCUUCGUAGCGGCGGCGAUCUCCCUACAAUUGGCACUCAAAUGGAGCAUGGCGGACUUCGUCUUCGGAUUUGUUCUCGCCGUGAACGACGUGUGGAAGCUGGACGCUCGGCUGCUCCAGACGACCUCACCAGCAAAUCGAUCUUUCGCAUUGCACACAAUCUUCUUCGCUGGCUGGUAUCUGCUAGCCAUGCCCCAUAGACCCAGUCACAUCGAAUACGCAACAAAGACUCCCGGCUAUAUGACUCUUGGCAAGCUCAUCCCAAAAGCUUACGACGAAUCGAUAUACUACCGAUAUUGGGAAAGCUGGGGUGCAUUGCUCUUCGUUUACGGUGUCCUCCGCCUAGAAUGGAUCCAGCGUUGUUUCUCUGGGAAAACGAUGAGAUUCCUGGGGAAAGUGAGCUUCGCUUUGUACCUCAGCCACCUCGUUUUCCAGAAAACCGUCGGACAUAGACUGAUGGCUCUUGUCGGUGGUAAGGUUGUCAGCCCACUCGUAGGGACUCGCUGGGAUUAUGCAUGGUGGAUCCCAGACAUUGGUCCGAUGGGGUUGAGCACGCGGUUUCUGGUAUGCGUGGGUAUCGUGUUGCCUCCGAACCUGCUCCUCUCGAAGUAUCUGACCGCUUUCAUUGAUGAGCCCAUCGUGAAGUUGGCGAAAAAGAUGACUGCCAGACUUGGCGAUAGCAAAAUGAACAGUCUCAGAGGUUCGAUCGAGGGAGAGCCGAUGCUACCUAUAGCGAGGAGGAGGCGAAAUUCGUUGUAGCAAAAGAUAAUCAAUGCUACAUCAUUAGAUCGAC